AAUUAUUAAAUAUAUUCAAGCAAGAUGAAAAUUGCAUUAUUAUUAGCAGUGUUAUUUGUUGGGGUUAACGCGGCACCUAAUAGCCGGGAGUUUACCGGCAAACGGUGGGUAGUAUUAUGCGCUGGUGGUGCCGGUUGGGGUAACUACCCGUUUCAGGCUAGUAUCUACCACGCCUACCAUAUAUUUUUGAACCAUGGCAUUCCCGAGGAGAACAUAAUCGUGAUGCACCCUGAUGAUUUAGCUAAUAAUAAAGCUAACCCUACGCCCAAUAUUGUGGUCAACCAGGUCAACGGCACUGAUGUCUAUCAUGGUGUACCCAAACAUUACGUGGGCAAGGAUGUUACCCCCAAGAACUUUUUGGGUAUUCUUAAGGGAGACUCUGAGCUUAAAGCUGCCGGAAAGCGAGUUGUUGAAAGUGGCCCUGAUGAUCAUGUGUUUGUAUUUUUCAUGGACCAUGGUAGCACAGGUGGUCACUUUAGCGACUACUGGUACUCCGAUAGCGAGACCAAGGACUUUAACUCCGAGACUAUUGAGACGCAAUUUAAAUUCAUUGCUUCUCAUACCAAGGUGCUUUUGAAUAAUGAAAAGGAGGAAGCUCAACAUUACGGAGACUUAUCUGUGGGUCAAUUGACUUUGGCUGAAUUUUUCGUGGAUAAUAGCGAGAAAUUACGAUAUACACAGGAAUUGAAAAACAUAUUGAAUGGGAGACAGUAUGCGGACAACCAUUUGCGUCAAUACGUCCAGAGUAUUGAGUCGUUGACCGGAUUGGGAGCUAAUGUUAUACUGAAUGGGAAACUAGAGCUUAAUAAUAGGGACUGCUAUCAGAAAUUUGUCGAGACUUUCAGUGACAAGUGCUUUAAUUUGGGACAGACAUUAUGCACAACACUAGUCCAGGUGGUGGUGUCUGUGCGACCCAACCACCAGCACUGGCGGGUGGCCCGGGAUGUGGGCGUGGCCUGCGUUGUCAAGGACUACGACAAACUGCAACACUAUAUCCGUGUCUAUAACUACUCCGAGCGUAAUGUAUGUACCGAACAGCGCCUGUACGCCAGUUUCGCCUACAGGGCGGCGCUCGACAUGUUCCACGUGUUCGAGGGCUCCGACUCUAUGGUUGGCCUAAAUUUUGCCGACUGUGACGACGCCAUUAGGUUUCAGGAGGUGGUGACUCAGUGUCUGAGGGAACGCAAGUUUUUUGAUAGGUUCGGGGAAAUAGGAAAACCGGAAAAAUUCAUUCACUUACAGAGCCUGACAUAUGUAAACGGCGUGCGGGCGUCGACAUCAUCGCCACCGUUGGACAGGGAGCUCAUGGACCGCAUGGAGACCAUUGGGUUCACCAAAGACGAGAUGAACGAAAAACUAUUCAAACGAUCCAUUCAUGAAUACAUGGAUACUCUGCGUCGCAAAUCCAUAGCCAAUAAAAGGCCGUCAAUUAUGGCGCCGGUAGACACGUGCGGAGCAUCCGGUGUUGGUAUAUACCCGACAGCGCCUACACUAACCGACGAUAUGCCAACCCCUGCGCCCAGGUCUACAGUUGUCAGGAAAUCCGUGUCCACUCAGACUCAGCCUACUUUGAGUAUAGAGUUUUUGAUUUGCGAGAGGUUUCUGCCCGUCGAUGCCCUACCGGCGCCCACCGAUGCCAUGUCCAGUGCCACGUUUUAUUGAGCAAGC